AUGUCGUUUGAACCAUAUGAAUAUGACGACCCCAAUGAUAAAGGGCCUCUUACACAAAAUGACCUGGACGCGUUGUAUAGCUACUGCUUUAAAUUGGACAAUGAGACCAUUGUAGAAAUGAAGAAACGCGCAAUGGAAGCUUCUGAAAAGUUUCAAGAGGAACUAGUACAGGAUCAGUUGGAUGCGAGAGAACAAGUUAGGCGCUAUGUGCUUGUUGAGCUUCGAAAAGAGCGUCAAGAACAAUGGGAUCGUGUCCAAGAGGAAUUUGAUCGAAUACAUGAACAGUUUGAAGAUGAGCGGAGACAGUUAAGAGAAUUAUAUCAUCAGAGAGAAACAUACUUCCGAAACGCAUACGAGCAAUUGGCAAGGGAAGAACGUGAAGCAGCAGAGGCUCAACAACGGGCACAAAAAGAAGCUGAAGAACGUGAACGGUUGAAACGAGAAGAAGAAGAACGUGUCAAAAAGGAUACGGAAGAGCGUUUGAGACGAGAAACAGAAGAACGCUUGAGACGAGAAGCAGAAGAGCUAGCAAAAAGAGAGGCUGAAGAGCGAGCCAAAAAAGAACUUGAAGCAAAAAGGCAAGCUGAAGAGGCCAACCGAAAAGCUGCACUCUCCAUCGCACAAAAAACGCUUAUGGUAUAUGAGGAGAUAUACAAGAAUCGAUUAAAGCUGGUCAAGGAAAAGUUAACGGACAAUCAGCAUUUGAAAAAUUCAGCCUUUCAACACAUAAAACUUGUCAGACUACGAUUAAAUCAGCUGACUAAUACAAGAGACUCGAUACUCAAUAUUGUCAAUGAGUUCACGCAAAUAUUGCGAAAUGUCCGAACCACUAAUGAUUUAUACAACUAUUUGCUUAAUUAUGUUGCGGAAAAUGUUGUUUCACAAGCUGAAGUAGAGGCAUCAACUUCACCAACUCAUUAUUCUGCUGCAUAUAAAUUGGCGCAUAUAUGCGUGCUUCUCAACAGUCAACAUCCGGAUUUAAUUCAUUAUAUGAUGUUACACUUAGCUACACGAUGUCCUUAUGUGAUCCCGCUAUAUCACAUACAACAACCGGGUCAAAGCAUUCAGCAAUACAAUGAAAUUAUUGGCUAUAAAAAGGAUGAAGAGGAAGACAAAUAUAUCGGACGAAUGCAGGCGAUAGUGGCAUUAUAUGCCGCCCUUUUGCAAACCACGCCUUUUGUUCCUAAUGUUCAGAAUGAUUAUUCGAUUGAAGACGCGUGGAGGUGGUUAUCCAAAAUUGCGAAUAUUACGCCAAGACCAAUCACCCCAUAUUUAGUGUACACAUUCUUGCAGAUAGUUGGACCUAAACUUAUCGAGUCUUAUCCUUAUCCCAAUCAAACACAGAAGCUCAUUAGAACCUAUUAUAAUCGAUACUAUCUCAAGCCACCCAAAGAAUACGCUGAUUUGAAAAAGGAAUCAGCAGCGGCUAUAGCACGUUUACAAACGUUUCUUAUGGAUUUGGUUAAUAAUAAUUUCCGGUUUCCUGAAUCGCCUGGUAGAGUUCCCAACUAA